AUGCUGCUGCUUCUCUUUCUUCUCAUUUGCACGAGCUCCGCAGCCGCAGCGGACUCCUCCGGUGACCCGGCGACAGGCGGCUUCACGCGCUUGUUCAGCUUCGGCGACUCCAUCACCGACGCUGGCAACCUCGUCUCCUUCGUCCCCAGCUCUCCCGCCGCCAGUCCCCCCUACGGCGAGACCUUCUUCGGCCGCCCCACCGGCCGCUUCUGCGACGGCAGGCUCAUCGUCGACUUCCUAGCGGAGGCGCUGAGGCUGCCGUACUUGACGCCGUUCCUCCGCGGGAAGACGGCGGAGGACUUCCGGCAGGGGGCCAACUUCGCCGUGGCCGGAGCGACGGCGCUGAGCCAGGACUUCUUCAAGGAGAUGGGGCUGGACCUCACCAUCAUACCGCCAUUCUCGCUGGACGUGCAGCUGGACUGGUUCAAGGGAUUGCUCCAAACUCUCGGCUCCACAGAUAAAGAACGCAAGGAAAUCAUGUCCAAAUCAUUGUUUCUAAUGGGAGAGGUUGGAGGCAAUGACUACAAUCAUCCCUUCUUCCAGAACCGAUCCUUCACCACUGAGAUCAAGCCAUUGGUGCCAAAAGUGAUAGCAAAGAUUGAGAAUGCCAUCAAGGUCCUGAUUGACCUAGGAGCUAAAACGAUAGUGGUUCCAGGAAAUUUUCCUAUAGGGUGUGUCCCGAGAUAUCUCACGAUGUUUCAAAACAAGACAAAUCCUAAAUAUUACGAUGCGUUUGGGUGCAUAAAUUGGCUCAACGACUUCUCCAAGGAACACAACCGUGCGCUCAAACACAUGUUAGAGCAAAUCCCCCGUGACCCGACGGUCACCGUAGUCUACGGCGACUACUACGAUACUACCUUGGAGAUCACCCAUCGCCCCACCAUACAUGGAUUCAAGAAGGAGACGGUUUUGGUGGCAUGCUGCGGGGAUGGUGGGCCGUAUAACUCCAACUCACUGUUUGGCUGCGGCGGCCCAUCGUCGAAUCUUUGCAGCGGCCCAUCGGCCCACAUCUCGUGGGAUGGGCUCCAUCUCACCGAGGCAGCUUACAAUUUUGUGGCCCAUCACAUGUUACAUGGCCCAAACUCUGAGCCUUGCAUAGUGCCCAGCAAUUGAUGUGCUACCAUCAAGUCAUCAAGCCUAUCCAAAUAAAGGACUAUAUAUGCUCCAUGCCAGUGAAAGUUUUUUUUUUCUCAUCUAGUACAUAUGGGGUGUCUAAUUAAUAUUAUGUGUGUAUGUGUCUAAUUGUACUUUGAAAUACCGUAAUUUUGACGAAGUAUAU